GCUGGCGCGCUCGGCCGGAAUGGCCUAAGGAAGCUCCUCUUGUGUGUCCGUGACGAGGUUGGUCCAACUCCUGCGUAACGCGGCCGAGAGGGUACUGCGCUGCCGCGUGCGGUGUCGGACCGAUGCGCUCGACAGCGGGAGGUGAGGCGACUCCACCUCUCACUCCGCCAGAUUCGGCCGCCUUGCUGGCGGCCUCCUACACAUCUGGGGAGGAUGCGAAUGUCGCAAGUCCUUGGUUCACUUACGAGGAUUAUGAUGUCCACUUGGUUCCACCGUUGGAACAACCGCUCCACAUGCAACAAUCCACCGCAUGCACGGUUUCACCACCAUCAGCAACCGAUUCGGGGACUUCGCCGUCGUCUAUCGCUGAGGAUUCGGCGUCAUGGUCAAGACUUGAAGAGCUUGACCCAUUGAAGUUUGCGGACUUCCAAUGGAUGCCCCUUCCUCCAUCCGGUCAAUUGCCGAAACCGCAUUGCAACGUGCUCAUGGCACAAUUGCGGGAUUACUUGGACACUGCGGUACCAACUCCGUGGAUGGACGCCGGAGUAGAGGUAAUCAACCUUCACGACUACGUUGAGAAGAUCAACCGUGAGUUCAAGACACAACGGUACAACGACAUCGACGUGCCAUUGUUGUACAUACGCAUUCAGAUCGGAGAGGCGAUCUGCAGCGCUUUGAUCGAUUGUAGAGCUACUCGGAACUACAUGAACCAACACUUUAUGGUACACGCUGGCCUUGGGCCACAGCUCGGGGGAAAUCGCAUCCCACGCAAGUCACGUUGGUCGAAGGUCACACGCACAAGUCAAUCGACCGACGACCGGUGCAUUGAUGUCGUCCCCGUGUUCUUUGCCCCACAUGCAAGCAAUGUCAUGUCCUUCGAUAUUUUGGACACCAAGUUCGACAUGAUUUUGGGCAUGUCAUGGCUACGAAGCGAGGAUCACCCGCUGAACUUCUACCGCAGCGCCGUUCAAGUUCGUGACCGGAACGGAGUACUAGUCCCAUGCACGGUACAUCCUCCUCACCCUUCGAUCAGCUGCGACGUGGUGUCCACCGCAAGCAUUCGAGUUUCCAUCAUCAGGGAUGUCAUCGAGGAGACGGGUGUGUUUUUUCCACGCCCUCCCACCCCAAGAAUCCCAUCGACGGACUCAUCACCGGACCCACGUAUUCGAAGCCCCACACGGAGUAGUACCGAUCGGCCGAUCCGCCACGAGAUCAUCCUCGAGGCCGGGGCCGUACCUCCGUGUGGUUGCAUCUACCGAAUAAGCGAGGAAGAGUUAAGUGUGGUACGGGCACAACUCGAUGACCUUCUUAAGAAAGGUUGGAUUCGUCCAAGCUGUUCGCCAUACGCUGCCCCCGUUCUCUUCGUUCGGAAGAAGAACAAGGGUUUGCGGUUAUGCAUCCAUUAUCGCAAGCUCAACGCACAAACCGUCAAGAACGUCGGCCCUCUUCCACGCAUCGACGACCUCCUUGAACGGUUGGGCGGAGCGAAGUUCUUCUCCAAGCUUGACCUCAAAUCGGGAUAUCACCAACUCAAGAUCCGCCAGGAGGACCGCUACAAGAUCGCGUUUAAGACACGAUAUGGGCAUUUCGAAUGGCUGGUUAUGCCUUUUGGCCUUACGAAUUCUCCGACCACAUUCCAAGCGGCUAUGACAACGGAGUUCCGAGACAUGCUGGAUAGAUUCGUACUCAUCUACCUCGAUUACAUCUUGGUGUACAGCCGGAGUUUGGUGGAACACCUGCACACCAUUUUGGAGAGGCUACGACAAGCUAAGUACAAAGCCAACCACGAUAAAUGCGAACUCGCGCGGCAAGAGCUAGAGUACUUGGGACAUUAUGUGACGCCGCAAGGCAUUGUUUGCUUGCGGACAAGAUCGAGGUCAUCCGCAUUACAAUCGCCAAAGGUGGCAUUCGUAUUCGAUGAUGACACACGCCGGUUAUUCCAAGCAUUCAAGACGGUCAUGCUCAUGGCACCCGUUCUUAGCAUUUACGAUCCUACCCUGCCAACAAGAGUGACAACCGACGCUUCCGGCUAUGGCACUGGGACAGUCUUGGAACAACACGAUGGCGACGACUGGCACCCAAUAGAGUAUUUCAGCCACAAAGUGUCUCCCAUCAAUUCACUUGAUGAUGCAAGGAAGAAGGACCUGCUCACAUUCAUGAUGGCUCUCAAGCGAUGGCGGCACUUCCUCCUUGGGCGUCGUAGGUUCACAUGGGUCAUGGACAACAACCCAUUGACCUACUACAAGACGCAAGAUACGGUGAGCAGCACGAUCGGACGAUGGAUGUACUUCAUCGACCAAUUUGACUUCACACCGAAACAUCUCGUUGGCCUCUCCAAUCGCGCAGCAGAUGCACUCUUGCGAAGAUCCGAUCUUUGCGCUAUGACACAUGAUCAUGCCUUCGCGUUCGACGAGGAACUCCAGCGACACUUUAUCCGGGGCUAUGAGUCGAAUCCGGAUUUCGCCACGUUGUAUGCGCAGCUAUCUUCGGAUCACUCGUCGGCCAGCCACUAUCGCAUCGUCGACGGGUACUUGCUCCUCCACUCGAGAGGCAGGGACUUAUUAUGUGUCCCACGAGACCGUCGUCUUCGGACUCGCUUUCUCGGCGAGUACCAUAACUCACGACUCGCCGGCCAUUUCGGAGUCAAUCGCACUAUUGCACGACUUCGGCAACGAUUCCGAUGGCCCGACCUCAUUACCUAUGUCACUCGGUAUUGCGACUCUUGCGAAGUUUGCCGACGAAGCAAGCCCCGCAACCGCAAUCCCUACGGCGAGUUGUGCCCGAUGCCUAUCCCACGGGAACUCGGCCUCUCCAUUGCCAUGGACAUCACCGGUCCGUUUUCCCACAACCGCCUUGGGCACGACGACAUCCUCACGGUCGUUGACCGUUUGACCGAGAUAGACGCUGCUUGCUCUGCCGCCUCCGUCCGGAAGUACAGGGAAUUGAUGGCUCAAGCCCGCGCGAACAUGCAAAAGGCUCAAGGUCGCAUGCAGCAGCAAGCCAACAGGCGUCACGUGCCAUGCCCCAUUCACGCCUGUGAUCUGGUGUGGGUCUCUGCGGAAGAGUUUGCGAUCGAGCAGGAUCUUUCACGCAAACUGCUUCCCAAGUGGUUCGGACCAUGGCCCAUAACAUCAGCCGCGGGCGAUGAGCCCGAUGGCCCCUCAUUUGUGAUCAACACCCCCUCGCAUCUGACGGUCCAUCCAGUCUUUAACUCCUCGAAGUUGGCGACAUAUACACCAGCUAAGAGCGACGACUUCUCCGGCCGACGAUCGCAAGAUCCUCCAUCUAUGGAUGGUCAUCAGAAAGUUGACCGAAUCAUCACGGAUCGAAAGUACGGCAGCAGGCCUCGACAGUACAAGGUCACAUUCAAAGCAUGCGAUCCCGGUGACACUCGAUGGAUUUGAGGAGCAGAUUUGAAAACAUCCGCACCGCUGAUCUACGCUCACUAUGAGCGAC